AUGUAUAUUCAAAGAACUGCUGGUCAGUCACAGUUUCUUACUCUAGGUGCAACCAUGCAAGGCCAAACGGGAGCACUCAGACCAAGAGCAGCGAGACCCCGUAUUAAGAGUAAUCGUGCUACGAGGCGGUCUGGGGGUGAAAUGGUACCGUCUCUGCAACAGGAGUGUGAAGGCAGUAAGGUGUUACCCCCAGGCGACCAGCAUGUCCAUAUUUAUGGAGGCAGUGAUGCUGCCUUCCCUCGAGAAAAGACGGGUCAGAAAAGGUCGGCCCUAAAAACCAUACAAUCCGAUCGUCCAGACCGCCGUGACCGCCGACGCAUUAUCCAAUCCGGUGCUGCUCAAAAGGCACCUAUUGUGCGCAGUCGCAUCGGAAAAUGA